AUGCUCGCUUUUUUCGCCCAGCUCCUCCGCCGACGAUACUCUCGUCGUGUCUCAGAACCAUUUCCGCCGUCGGAUCCCAAGUUACCGACGGAACUUCUUCUGAAGAUAUUCGAUCACCUCGACAUCGAUGGGCUGAUUUUAGCGAGUCAGGUUUGUCGCACUUGGAGGGGGAUGGCGGCAGCGCCUGAGUUGGUAUCCCCCUUCUUGCGACAGCUGAUUCCCAAAGCCGACCUGCUUGGGCUGGAGGAGGGGAAUGACUUGAUGCAGAUGCUUAAGGCGCAGCGGCGAGCACAGAUCAAUCGCGCUGAAGGGAGAUUCAGUGUCCUCGAUCUGCCGAUGGAGAUGGGCACCAACAUAGAGACCAAGCUCUGGAUUACACAUGACAAUCGCUACGUGGUGUCGCUGGCAGACAUGCGCGGCGAUGAUCAGAAGAUAUUCACCGCUUAUCACAUCGAGAGCAAGGAAGUUGUAUUCACGAAGACGCUUGUCGGCGAGCACACUGGCCUCAUUUUACCCAAGACAAACAUCUUUGUUGGGCACAACCGCCUCGCCCGGGACUUUGACUACGUCGAGAGGUUGAUCUACAUCGACAUCGACAAGCGGGAAUUCUUCCACGAGCCGAUCCACUUGAAACCUACCAUCUGGCGCUGGAAGCUAGUUCUGAAUGACCACGGCGCUGCUGUGGCCGUGGGCGACCGUGAGCGGUAUCCGGCCUGGCGCAGUGUCGAAUCAGCAGAUGGGACGGUGCGUUUUGGAUAUCAGAUUGGCUGCAAGCCUCACCCGACUCCAAUGUGCGUGUCGGGAGCCCCGGACAUCUACCACCAGGGGCAGAGUUUCUUCGGAUUAGCUUCCUCGGCGACGGAUAACCGAUACUUGGUCGCUGCUGGCUACUCCGCGGCGCUGCUGAUCGAUUUCGAUCCGCGGAAGCAUGACGAGGUUUCUGAAAGGGGCGUGUAUGCCGCUGAGUUCAAGGCUAAUGAGUGCUGCAAUCGCCACUGGUACGCUGGCCGUCCAUCUUGGGAGUGUUGA